AUGGAUUCCCCGAGGGGCCCCGCGAGCUUCGCGACGCAGGCCAACGCCCUCCUCCGAAAGAACCUCUGCGUCCAGAAACGGAACCUCAAGACAAACAUCGGCAUCACCAUCUUCCCUAUCCUCGUAUGCGUGCUUCUCAUCGUGCUCCAGAACGUCAUUAACAGCGAGCUCGACAAACCCAAGUACAAAUGCGGUUGCGUCUGCCUCGAGACCAGUGGAGAUGGAAGGUGUGCAAGGAAAGAGUGUGGCAUCCAGUACUCUACACUGGAUCAGGUCGGGAGCUGUCCGAUCCCCAGCCCGCCACGGUGGCCAGCCCUGAUUCAGAUCCCCCGUGCUGAUUUCCGGGCUGUAAGGACAUUCUCCCAACCGUUCAAUGAUUUGCCUGAUCCAUUUUGCCGUGACUCCAGGUCUUGCCCUGCAACUGUCCUUGUCACUGGGAAGGACAAAGCGGUUGCAGGAGCUAUAUCGAGAGGGCUGUUUCCUGUCCUUUCUCCGUCGUUGAAUGCAACAGAUUUACUGGAUCUCUUCACCAAGAUAGUUGCUGGCUCAGAUACACAGCCAUGGUACACACAGUUGCUAGAGCCUGCAUUUUUCUCUGGCCGUACUUUGUAUGUGAUCCAGCCUGAGUGCUUACCUGUCAUGUCACAGACCAUUACAUAUAAUACUGGGGACAUACCCUUUCAGCUCAAUAUACAGUGUGUUGAAGGUGUCCCGGUAUGGCGUGAAAGUGCAUCAAUUAUCAACCAUGAAUUUUUAAAGGGUUAUAGACAACGAGGAGGAGAAAUAAACGAAUUUAUUGCAGGUUAUGACUUCUUGGGCACAACACAGUAUGGCCUCGGUGUAAAUGUUUGGUACAACUCUACUUACAACGAUAACAAUGCAUAUUCAUUUAUCACAACAUUGCGGGUUCCACGCUUGGUGAAUGCAGUAUCCAAUGCUUAUCUCAAAUUUAUCAAAGGAACUGGGGUAGAAAUGCUACUUGAGUAUGUAAAAGAUAUGCCCAAAGUUGGGACAAGUUUUCAGUUGGAUCUGUCUUCUCUUCUCAGUGUGUUAUUCUUCACAUGGAUCAUCGAACUUCUUUUCCCAGUUAUGUUGACAUAUCUGGUGUAUGAGAAGCAGCAGAAGCUAAGGAUUAUGAUGAAAAUGCAUGGUCUGAAGGAUGGGCCUUACUGGCUUAUAUCUUAUUCUUAUUUCCUUGCUCUAUCAAUUGUCUAUAUGUUAUUCUUUAUGAUUUUUGGCUCCUUGAUAGGUCUCAAUUUUUUCAGAGUAAAUGAAUAUAGCAUACAAGUUGUUUUUUUCUUCGUCUGUAUAAAUUUGCAGAUUGCACUUGCAUUUUUUGUGGCAUCUUUCUUUUUGUCUGUCAAGAUGGCCACAGUGAUUGGCUACAUGUAUGUAUUUGGCUCUGGCUUACUUGGUGCAUUUCUUUUCCGUUUCUUUGUUGAGGACCAAACGUUUCCCUAUGGUUGGACAUUAGUCAUGGAGGUUGUCCCAGCAUUUUCCCUCUACCGGGGCCUAUAUGAACUUGGUCAAUAUGCAUUCUCGGGAAGCAGUAUGGGAGCCACUGGCGGUGGUGUCAGAAAAAACCCUUUUUUCUGCUUCAGAUGUUUACAGAAGAAACAUGAACCAUCAUUGCAUGAACCUAGCAAUGUCCAACAGGAUUCCAAAGUCAUUCUCGAUAUGGAGAAAUCUGAUGUUGCUCUAGAAAGAAAGCUAGUUGAGCAACUUUUGAUAGAUCCCAAUGCAAAGCAAGCUAUCAUCUGUGAUAACCUCAGGAAGGUUUAUCAUGGAAGGGAUGGAAACCCUGACAAGCUGGCUGUUCGAGGGCUAUCUCUUGUCCUUCAAAAGGGACAGUGCUUCGGAAUGCUUGGCCCAAAUGGAGCUGGGAAAACAUCUUUCAUUAAUAUGAUGAUUGGACUCAUUAAACCUACAUCUGGUACUGCUUAUGUCCACGGAAUGGAUAUAAAUAUGGAUAUGGGUAACAUAUAUACAAAUAUGGGAGUGUGCCCACAACACAACUUGCUUUGGGAAACACUGACUGGAAAAGAACAUCUUUUCUUUUAUGGCAGGUUGAAGAAUCUUAAAGGUGCUGCAUUAAUGAAGGCUGUUGACCGCUCUCUGAAGAGUGUAAAUCUAUCUCAUGGUAAUGUUGGCAAUAAGCAAGUGAAGAAAUACAGCGGAGGCAUGAAAAGAAGGCUCAGCGUGGCAAUCUCAUUGAUUGGGGACCCUAAAGUUGUCUUCAUGGAUGAGCCAAGCACAGGACUGGACCCAGCAUCAAGAAAUAACCUAUGGAAUGUUGUGAAGGAGGCCAAGAAAAACCGUGCAAUUAUUCUGACUACACACUCAAUGGAAGAGGCAGAGGUAUUGUGUGACAGGCUUGGCAUCUUUGUUGAUGGUGAUUUCCAAUGCCUUGGAAACCCUAAAGAGCUAAAGGCUAGAUAUGGGGGGACAUACAUAUUCACAGUGACAACACCCCCAGACCAAGAGAUGGAGGUUGAACAGCUAGUGCAUCAGUUCUCGCCCAGUGCAAACAAGAUCUACCAUCUAUCUGGAACUCAGAAGUUCGAGCUGCCGAAGCAAGAGGUGAAAAUAGCCCAUGUUUUUGACGUGGUCGAGAAAGCGAAGUGCCGGCUCACAAUACAUGCCUGGGGAUUGGUUGACACUACCUUAGAGGAUGUCUUCAUCAAGGUCGCCAGAGGAGCGCAAGUGUUCAACGAGUUCGCAUAG